AGUUUUAUCACUUAAUUCUGCCGUCCAAACUGCAAAACCCCUCAGGCUAUAAACCCACGGUCCGUCCAACAAAAAUGCUCGCGCACCGCCUCCGCCUCCGGUCCACCGCCAUGAUCGUCUCCGCUGCGACUAACGCAUCGCCACCUCGUGUUGCCCUUGGAUACCCUAGAUUGCCAAUUUCUCGUAGUUUGGUACUUUCGCCUGGAUCGUUUUUGUCGAGCAGUGCCUCUCUGCCCGCUCGGUUUCCCAAUGCUUCCUUUCGUUGUUUUGCCGCGGCGGCGGCCUCCGUUGAUAAAGUUCAAGUUCAGAAUCCCGUAGUUGAAAUGGAUGGUGAUGAAAUGACGCGAGUGAUUUGGACGAUGAUAAAAGAUAAGUUGAUAUUUCCUUAUCUGGAGUUGGAUAUAAAGUAUUUCGACUUGGGGAUUUUGAAUCGUGAUGCCACCAAUGACAAAGUUACUAUUGAGAGUGCGGAAGCAGCACUUGAGUAUAAUGUUGCUAUAAAGUGUGCUACAAUUACUCCAGAUAAGGGCAGAGUUAAGGAAUUUGGACUAAAGGAAAUGUGGAGAAGCCCCAAUGGAACAAUCAGGAAUAUUUUAAAUGGAACUGUUUUCCGGGAGCCUAUUUUGUGCGAAAAUAUACCCAGAAUUGUCCAUGGGUGGACUAAACCUAUUUGUAUUGGUAGACAUGCAUUUGGUGAUCAAUAUCGUGCUACUGACACUGUUGUAGAAGGACCAGGGAAGCUUAAAAUGGUUUUUGAGCCAGAAAAUGGAGGUGAACCCCGGGAACUGGAAGUGUACGAUUUUAAAGGUCCAGGAGUGGCGCUUGCUAUGUACAAUGUUGACCAGUCUAUUCGAGCAUUUGCUGAAUCAUCAAUGGCAAUGGCAUUUGGUAAAAGGUGGCCUCUCUACUUGAGUACAAAGAAUACUAUUCUUAAGAAAUAUGAUGGCAGGUUCAAGGAUAUAUUUCAGGAGGUAUAUGAAGAGAAAUGGAAGGAGAAAUUUGAAGAAAAUUCAAUAUGGUAUGAGCAUCGAUUGAUCGAUGACAUGGUGGCAUAUGCACUGAAAAGUGGCGGUGGAUAUGUAUGGGCUUGUAAAAACUACGACGGAGAUGUCCAGAGUGAUUUACUUGCUCAAGGAUUUGGUUCUCUUGGACUCAUGACUUCUGUAUUGCUUUCUGGUGACGGCAAAACAUUAGAAGCAGAGGCCGCACAUGGGACUGUAACCCGUCACUUUAGACUGCAUCAAAAGGGCGAAGAAACUAGCACAAACAGCAUUGCUUCUAUAUUUGCUUGGACAAGAGGAUUAGAACACAGGGCGAAGCUCGACGGAAAUGAAAAGUUGCUAUGCUUUGCUCACAAGCUAGAAGCAGCGUGCAUUGAGACCGUGGAAUCGGGCAAGAUGACAAAAGACCUUGCUAUCCUCAUUCACGGGCCAAAGGUGUCGCGGGAAUUUUACUUGAGCACCGAAGAAUUCAUCGAUGCCGUCGCCCAGAAUCUCAACUCAAAGCUUCUUGUUUAAAGGUUUUACUCAGACAACCUUUUGCCAUUUGGAAACCUGGUAUUGGUUUUGCUUUAGCCCUUCCAUUGACUACUUUUAGUAACCAUUUGAUGCUAUAUUCUUCAACAGAUUGCUCUUGUUUUUGCGGAUAACUUAUAUUUGUAUAUUGAUGGUGAAGUUGCAGUAUAAAUAUGAAAUACUAUCAUUUUUCUUA